CACUCUUCUUACGGAUCCGCGAGAACUCAAGGCUCCACAGGCCGGAUGUCGGCUCUUAUUCCUAGUCCCACGGAUUCUUUAAGAACUCACAUAAGAACGGUCGUGCGCCCGAGCUUCUAAAGAAAGUCGGGAAUGAAUGGAGCGCUGAGCUUCAACGACCAAGAUUUCUGUUCGAAUUGCGACAAUAACAUCCUCUUACCGCUUCAUUCCUCCCUCCUUGUCCACUUUGAGACAAAUGAGAAUCAACAGCCUAGCAACAAUCCAUCCAGAGCGACAAAUUUAUAGGCAUCAACACUCCUUCAUUGAUCAUUGAAAAGUCCUUCUACAACGACAGCUUCCUCGCGAAAUCUUUGCCUAGCAAUUUGAACUCGUUUGCGCUAAAUUACCCGACAACCUUCGAUUUACGCCAAAUUCCAGCAAUAAGCCAUUUCGACAUCACUCAGCGAAACCAUGCAUCUACCCAUGAUGGCCUUCUACCAACCCACACAACCCUUUCGCUUCUUGGAUCUCCCCGGUGAGAUUAGGAACAACGUCUAUCACCUGUUACUUUGCUCAUGGGACACCGAGCUUGAGGAAGAUCCAAGUUUUAUCAGACAAUUAAGCAGGCGACGCCUAAGCUACCAAACAGUAGCCCUCCUACGCGCCAACAAGCAAAUCCAUUGCGAAGCAUCCGACUAUAUGAUCAAGCGCAAUCAAUUCGUUCGCUUUACAUGUCGAGGUUUCGAUGUUAGACACUUGUUCCUCGGUGAUGGGAUUCCGGUCAUUACGACCAAUACUCGCAAAGUGAGCCAGCAUCAGGAGUACGCCAUGCACAUGACGCUAUCGAAGCCCAUCUCGUCCGCCGCAUUUCAGUACUCAGUAUUCGAGAUCAUGAUGCUGCGCGCGGAUUUGCCGUAUCUAUGCGAACGCCUUGACAUCGAGAGCGUGAUGGCAGAUAUGAAUUCGAGAGCAGAUCAACACGCAUCCAUGAACGCCGAAGUCAAGCUCACCCGCUUCUUUGCCCCAAAGAAUCAAGAGCGUCUCCUGAAACCAAUUGCAACAUUUCUACGCGACCUUCCCAAUCUAAGGAUCCUAGGCCCUGUUGACCCGACUCUUGCGGCAACUGUCAUUGAAGAGGUUGCGAAACCCCGGUGGACAGAACCUGGGUCGACCCUCGAAGAAAUCGGCACCGGUGUAGAUGUUGGCAAGCGCCAAUGGCAGCAAAAUAGCUAUUACGCCGCUUCCGACUCCUGGGCAUAUGCCAUGCGCACCCUCGAGCGCAUGCGCCAUAGCUCUUCUUGGCUCAGCCUCAAAGAGAGGGGCGGCGAAGACUUUGUCAACAAGACUGCCGACCUCUACUUCACUCUAAACCUGUUGCAUGCCCAGUUCUUGCAGAUCGACAUGUGCGGAGACUACGCCGGACCCCAUGUUCAGCGCAAUGGCUUCAUCGCCAUGUCGCAUUUGCGCAAGUGCGAGACUGCGAGUGCACUGUUUGCCCACCAUGCUGGCGCCACUUGGACACCUAGCAACGAGCAGACGGCGAAGAUGCUGUAUCGACAUGCAAGGUGCUUGAGGUUGAUGCGCGCCUCUGCCCAAAGAAUUAUGGCUAUAACUCUCAUUGAGGACGCGGCGACGCUUGCUCCCAAUGACAUUGCAAUUACCGAGGAGAAAGAUGCUGUGCUGAGCUGGAAUGCAGACAUUGAAGAGACCCGGCGCCUGUUGGAGGGGAUGGAGGUUGAGAGGAAGAGCUCACUGUGGUCAUCGGUAUGGACUGCUAUCACCACGCUAGCAGGGUGAUCAGUGACACGGUCUCGUACAUAAUGUUGAUUAGCGAAAAUACCCUUAAGAAUUACGCAUUGAAAGCAUAUUAGUCACAUCACC